AUGGCGAGUAAAAAACUGAGGAGAGCAGGCGUUUCGACUGAAAUAUGUGACCGCCUGAAGCGUCACCACAUCGAUACUUGUCAGGAUUUCCUGUCCCUCACACCCAUAGAGAUAAUGCGGCUCGCUGGACUAAGCUACGAUAAAGUACUGGAAAUGCUGCGGACGGUUAGCAAAGCCUGUUCUCCUCCGGUGACCACUGCGUUGGAGUGGUGGAGGCGGAAAGAAGAGUUGUGUUUCUCCACGUCUUUGCCUGCUCUGGACAGACUGCUACAUGGAGGAUUACCCAGGGGCACCCUCACAGAGGUGACAGGUCCAUCUGGCUGUGGGAAGACUCAGUUCUGCAUGAUGCUCAGUGUGUUGGCGACGCUGCCGAAGAACAUGGGAGGCCUGGAUGGAGGAGUCAUCUACAUCGACACGGAGUCUGCCUUCUCUGCGGAGAGGCUGGUGGAGAUCGCCCAGAGCAGGUUUCCCGAUUAUUUCUCUGUGAAGCAGCGGGUUGUACAGAUGGCCGAACGUGUCCGCCUGUUUCGGGAACUUACCUGUCUGGAUGUCCUCAACAGAUUGGAGCGUCUGGAGGAGGACAUUAUCUCUUGUCGGGCAGGGCUGAUCAUUCUCGACUCCGUGGCGUCUGUGGUGAGGAAAGAGUUUGACACUUCGUUGCCGGGAAACCUAACACUCCGUAGCAACCUCCUUGGCAAAGAGGCCGCUACACUCAAAUACCUGUCGCAGGAGUUCCGCAUCCCAGUUGUCUUAACCAACCAGAUCACCACACAUGUGAGUGAGAAAGCAGCUUGGAAUGAUCUGGAAGCUGAUUUGGAGGAUGACUCCGGGCGUGUAACUGCUGCGCUUGGGAACACCUGGAGUCACAGCGUCAACACGCGACUCAUCGUCCAGUACCUGGAUGGCCAGCGGAGACAGAUGAUCAUUGCAAAGUCGCCUGUGGCCCCUUUUGCAGUGCUUAACUACACCAUUCACAGAGACGGUUUUCGGCUGGAAGGAAACGAUGACCUAGAAACUUUCUCGAAUGAAGGCACCGACCCAGGGCUCCAGCCAAUCAGAGUGAGGACGGGACUUCACUGCCACCUGACCCAGGCCACACCCAAAGCAUGA